UCUCUCUCAGAUGUAGCUUCAAAAAGACAAGAGGAAAGUUUGCCCUUUUUGCUCCCUUCCUAGAAAGAUGGAAGGUGCUAUAAUAGGCUCCUGGCACAACAGCGGCUUCUACGGGCACUACCGAGGGCGAGUCAAGAGCGAGAGUGCUGGAGAAUACCGCCUUGCAGCCAAGCCCCAGCCGCCAGCAGUGUUCCUGCAGAGAUGUGAGGAGCCAGUACGACAACACUACUUCUCAAAGCAUGACAACCGCACUUCGUACGACAAAGGUCCCUAUUGCCUGCUCCAGGGAAUUGGAAGACGGAAAGACCUGGAGCGCCUGUGGAAGAGACACACCUUCCUGCGCUGGGCACCCUGUGAGCUGGAAUUGAGCCAGCAGCCACCUCUGGAAUCCUCCUACCAGACUGACUGCCGGUCAAGUACAGGGUUCAGCAGGCUCCCCCAGCGCCUGGUCCACUUUGUUCAGCUUCAGCCUCCCUAUUUCAACACUACCUACCAGCACAACUUCUGCCAUCCAUCCCGGGGUGGCCACUGCGGUAGCACCAAGGUAAAGCGCCCUGAGCCAAUCACUGAAACCCUGCCUGGCCUUCCGGGAGCCCCGAAGCCCAAGAUGCUGCAGCAUUACAUUCACGCUGGAGUUUCUGAGUGUUUAAACUGGUCUCAAGGAUUAAAAAGCUGACAGAGCAGCCUGUUGGUACUCACAGCCUAACAUGUCUUGAGGGAGGGUGCUUAUGAGCAGAUCACUACCAGGUCCUGUGUCUGGCUCCCCACGGAGUGUCUAUGGUUUCCGUGUG